UAUCCACUCUCCCGGACCCCGCAUUCCCUAUAUCCGCUCUCCCCGGACCCCGCAUUCACUAUAUCCGCUCUCCCCGGACCCCGCAUUCACUAUAUCCGCUCUCCCUGGACCCUGCAUUCACUAUAUCCGCUCUCCCCGGACCCCACAUUCACUAUAUCCGCUCUCCCCGGACCCCGCAUUCACUAUAUCCGCUCUCCCGGACCCCACAUUCACUAUAUCCGCUCUCCCCGGACCCCGCAUUCACUAUAUCCGCUCUCCCCGGACCCCACAUUCACUAUAUCCGCUCUCCCCGGACCCCACAUUCACUAUAUCCGCUCUCCCCGGACCCCGCAUUCACUAUAUCCGCUCUCCCCGGACCAUGCAGUCACUAUAUCCCCUCUCCCCGGACCCCGCAUUCACUAUAUCCGCUCUCCCCCCGGACCCCGCAUUCACUAUAUCCGCUCUCCCCCGGACCCCGCAUUCACUAUAUCCGCUCUCCCCGGACCCCGCAUUCACUAUAUCCGCUCUCCCCGGACCCCGCAUUCACUAUAUCCGCUCUCCCCGGACCCCGCAUUCACUAUAUCCGCUCUCCCCGGACCCCGCAUUCACUAUAUCCGCUCUCCACUGACCCCGCAUUCACUAAAUCAGCUCUCCCCGGACCCCGCAUUCACUAUAUCCGCUCUCCCCGGACCCCGCAUUCACUAUAUCCGCUCUCCCCGGACCCCGCAUUCACUAUAUCCGCUCUCCCCGGACCCCGCAUUCACUAUAUCCGCUCUCCCCGGACCCCGCAUUCACUAUAUCCGCUCUCCCCGACCCCGCAUUCACUAUAUCCGCUCUCCCCGACCCCGCAUUCACUAUAUCCGCUCUCCACGGACCCCGCAUUCACUAUAUCCGCUCUCCCCGGACCCGCAUUCACUAUAUCCGCUCUCCCCGGACCCCGCAUUCACAAUAUCCGCUCUCCCCGGACCCCGCAUUCACUAUAUC